AUGUUUUUGACCAGAAGUGAGUAUGACCGUGGGGUCAGCACCUUUUCGCCCGAGGGAAGACUUUUCCAAGUCGAAUAUUCGCUAGAAGCCAUCAAAUUGGGAUCUACUGCCAUUGGUAUUGCAACAUCUGAAGGUGUUGUUCUGGGAGUGGAGAAAAGAGUCACUUCGCCUCUACUGGAAGGAGAUUCUAUCGAAAAAAUCGUUGAAAUCGAGCGUCACGUCGGGUGUGCGAUGAGUGGCCUUACGGCCGACGCUCGUUCUAUGAUUGAACACGCUCAAGUAUCAGCAGUUACCCACGACCUAUACUAUGAUGAAAAUAUAAGUAUCGAGUCUUUGACGCAAUCAAUCUGCGAUUUGGCCCUCAGAUUUGGUGAAGGUGCAUCUGGCGAAGAAAGAUUAAUGUCAAGGCCCUUUGGCGUAGCACUUUUAAUUGCUGGAUAUGAUACCGAGCAAGGAUAUCAGCUUUUUCAUGCAGAGCCCUCGGGAACGUUUUAUAGAUACAACGCUAAAGCCAUAGGUUCCGGGUCGGAAGGUGCACAGUCAGAACUACAAAAUGAGUGGCAUUCAUCCCUUACGUUAAAGGAGGCCGAACUAUUGGUACUCAAAAUUUUAAAACAAGUGAUGGAAGAGAAAUUGGAUGAAGACAAUGCUCAACUAAGUUGCGUAACUAAGGAUCAGGGAUUCCAAGUGUACAGCAACGAUAAGACAGCCGCAAUCAUCAAAGAGUUGAAGGAAAAGGAAGAGCAGCAAAGCUCCGAGAAUGCGGAUGUAGAAAUGACCACAUAA